AAGCCAUCUGUCUCCUAAUUUCUCAUUAUAAUAUUUUCCGAAGAGUAAAGGAGAAAAACCCUAUAUUGAAGAAAGGCGAUACAAAAAAUAAUAUAACAAACUUCAGAUCUUAAAGCUCUCAUCCCCAAAUCAAAGAGUUUCCGCAAAUCUCAGUCUUUGUUCGCAAUUGCUUCAGAUUCUACAGAGAAAACUAUCUAGAAGAGAAUGGAUCAACAAGGACAAUCUUCAGCUAUGAACUAUGGCUCAAACCCAUACCAAACCAACCCAAUGACCACUGCACCAGCCGGUCCAGACCAUGCAGCAUACCAUCAGAUCCACCAGCAACAACAGCAACAGUUAACUCAACAGCUUCAGUCUUUCUGGGAAACCCAAUUCAAAGAGAUUGAGAAAACGACUGAUUUCAAGAACCAUAGCCUUCCACUGGCUAGAAUCAAGAAAAUAAUGAAAGCCGAUGAAGACGUGCGGAUGAUCUCAGCCGAGGCACCUGUCGUGUUCGCGAGGGCCUGUGAGAUGUUCAUUCUGGAGCUUACACUAAGGUCGUGGAACCACACCGAGGAGAACAAGAGACGUACGCUUCAAAAGAACGAUAUCGCAGCUGCAGUGACCAGAACCGAUAUCUUUGAUUUCCUUGUGGAUAUUGUUCCUCGGGAGGAUCUCCGUGAUGAAGUGUUGGGUGCAGUUGGUGCUGAUGCCGCCACAGCAGCUGGUUACCCGUAUGGAUACUUACCUCCCGGAGCAGCUCCACUUGGAAACCCGGGAAUGGUUAUGGGUAACCCGGGCGCAUAUCCGCCUAACCCGUAUAUGGGUCAACCAUUGUGGCAACAACAAGGAGCUGACCAUCAGGAUCCUGAUAAUUAACCUCGCCUCAUAAACUAGCCUUCCGAUUCGAAGACCUCUUCCAAGUGGAUCUAAACAAGAAGAAUAAUGUUAAUAGAAAAUGUCAGUCAUGAGUUUGUUGUAGACUUUUAGUUGAAGAAUUUAUGUUUUAUGUCAGAUGUCAUUUUGGUUUAUGUCAUUUUGGAUAUCAUUA